AUGAGCGACGAGCCGCUUUUGGAGGAGAAGCUGAUCAAGCGAUCUCAGCAGAAGCGGAUGAUGUCUCCGCUCAACUACAAGGAGAGGCUCUUUGUCUUGACCGAGAACCGGCUGAACUACUAUGAUGGCAGAGCGCAGGAAAAGUUCCGGAGAGGUUCCAUCGAACUGAGUCGCAUCCGAUGCGUGGAGGUGGUCAAAGAUGAUGGAUGGUUAAACCCCUGUAAGAACAAAUACCCUUUCCAGGUAGUGCAUAGCACCAACACGCUGUACGUAUUCGCGCCGAACCGAGAGAGCAGGAACGUCUGGGUCCAACGACUCAAAGAUGAGAUUCGGCACAACCGGGAGCUCCUGACCAAGUUCCACCCGCAGUUCUGGCAGGAUGGCGAGUGGUCCUGCUGCCGUCAGGCGGAGAAACAGGCCCCCGGCUGUGAGGAGUACAACCUGUCCGGAGACGCUUACAGGAAACCACUACCCCCGAUUCCUGCCGAGGAAAGUUCAUACGGGAGGCACCUGCAACCGCCGCCUCUUGAGGCGCGCGAUGGCGACCCCGCCGAGGAAACAGUGGUGGCGCUGUACGACUUCUCCAGCAACGAGCCGCACGACUUGACGCUGGUCAAAGGAAACGAGUACGUCAUCGUGGAGCGCUGCGACGUCAACUGGUACAAAGCUCGCAAUCAGAACGGAGAGGAAGGCUACAUACCGAGUAACUACGUAACCGAGAAGAUAUCCGGAAACCUGGCGCAGUUUGCGUGGUACAGCAAACACAUCAACAGAAACAAAGCGGAGGAGCUCCUUCGGAAAGAGGAUAAAGAAGGAACCUUCAUCGUUAGAGACUCCAGCACCAGGGGAACUUACAUAGUGUCCCUUUACACCAAGUCUGUGUCAAAGAACGGAGGCAGAGUCGUUAAACAUUACCGCAUCAAGGAGACCGAAGGCCCGCCCGAGCAAUUUUACCUGGCGGAGAAACACGUGUUCCGAUCCAUUCCAGAGCUCAUCGCGUACCAUCAACACAACGCGGCAGGGCUGGUCGCUAGAUUGAGGUAUCCCGUGGGUAAACAAGACAGGUCUGCACCCUCCACGGCCGGCUUCAGCUACGAGAAGUGGGAGAUCAACCCCAGCAACCUGACCUUCAUGAAGGAGCUCGGAAGCGGUCAGGCGGGUGUGGUGCGGCUGGGAGUGUGGAGGGCGCAGCACAAGGUCGCCAUUAAGGCCAUCAAGCAGGGCGCCAUGUUAGAAGAGGACUUUAUCGAGGAGGCCAAGCUCAUGAUGAAGUUGUCCCAUCCCAAAUUGGUCCAGCUGUACGGCGUGUGCAGCCAGCAGCGCCCCAUUUACAUCGUCACCGAGUUCAUGGAGCACGGCUGCCUGCUGGACUUCCUGCAGAGCCGACGGGGCACCUGGAACGCCGCCUCGCUGUUGAGCAUCUGCAUGGACGUGUGCGAAGGCAUGCGGCACUUGGAGAGCAACGGCUUCAUUCACAGAGAUCUGGGAGCCAGGAAUUGCUUGGUCAACGACGCUCUGGAGGUCAAGGUGUCCGACUUCGGCAUGGCCAGGUAUGUUUUGGACGACCAGUACACCUCGUCCUUGGACUGCAAGUUCCCAGUGAAGUGGUCACCUCCAGAAGUGUUCAAUCACUGUAGAUUCAGCAGCAAGUCAGAUGUCUGGUCCUACGGUGUGCUGAUGUGGGAAGCCUUCACAGAAGGCCGUAUGCCGUUCAAACAGAGCGACAGUCGAGAGGUUGUUUCUUUGGUAACAAAGGGUCACCGCCUCUCCAAACCCAAACUUGCUACAGCGGCUAUCUACGACAUCAUGCAGCUGUGCUGGCAUGAGAAACCCGAAGAACGUCCGUCCUUCGCUCAGCUUUGCCUCAUGAUAUCCGACGUAUUGGAGGGUGACGUCGCCGUCGCUAACUGA